GAAUGAAAGAAGAAUUUUCAGCAUAACCUACUUUCACUUUGACAGACAUUCAUAUCAAAAAUUAAUCCAAAGUUAUUUUGUUGUUUUGUUUUGGAGAUUCUUAAUUUUAUCAAAAAUGGAUGUUAUCAAUAAUUUAAAUAAAUCUGAGACUCUUUUGGUUGUUUGUAACGACGAGGAAAUAAGCAAAUACAGCGAUGCCGUCAAACAGUUUUCCAAAUUCAAAGUUUCUACAAUCGAAUCGCUUAAAGAUGUAGAAAUGAACAGCAUAACUAAUGCUGUAUUAUUUGUGGAACCAACCCCAAAAACACUUAAGGAACUCCUCGCAGUCCUGCAGCCGGAAGGCAAACUUAUAAUCAACAACUUGUCCGAUGCUAGCCAGGUUGAAUUUAACUUGAAAACCAACGGAUUUAUGAAUGUCCUUAAAGACGAAGUUGGAAUUACAGCUUCUAAGCCAAAAUUUGCUGUCGGUUCUUCAGCCAAACUUAAUUUGAAGAAACCAACUGUUUGGAAGUUGGACGACGGCGAUGAUGACGAUCUUAUCGAUCCUGACGAUCUGUUGGACGAUGAUGACUUGAAGAAACCUGAUCCUACAAGUUUAAGAGUAUGUGGCACUACUGGAGUGAGGAAAGCAUGCAAGGAUUGUUCUUGCGGUCUUGCCGAAGAACUAAGUCAAGAAGUAAAAACGGGCAAACUUGUGGAUACUACUGAUGCCCCAAAAUCUUCCUGCGGAAGUUGUUAUUUAGGGGACGCUUUCCGUUGCGCCUCUUGCCCCUACCUUGGAAUGCCUGCUUUCAAACCUGGCGAGAAGAUCCAACUGAGCACUUCCCAGUUGAAGAGUGAUAUUUAAUUUAGUUCCUUCGGAUUUUGGUUACUAUUUAUUUGUAGUAUAUCGGUUUUGGUUGUUUAAUUAAUUUCAAAUAAAUGUUAGUGAAUAAUUAAUAA